AAUAAAUCAAUACAAUACAGUGAUCAUAUUCCUGCCAGCUUUGCCGUGUCCCUGUCCUUCCUUGGUCCUGCAAUGUGAUGACGCUGGGGAACACAGACCUCUAAGAUGAAGCGUCUCCUACUCCUUCUGUCGGUGUUUUGGAGAGGCUGUGCAUCGUUGACGAGUGGUCCGCCGCUCCUGGAUGCUGGCGAUGAGCUGUUGAUGAAGCCAAAGGAACCGCUCAUCCUCAACUGCACGGGAUCCAAGCCCUUGAACUGGAAGACUCCUGAUGAAGAAAUUGACUAUACUGUGAAAGGCUCUCCCACUGAGUCUACUUUGAUUGUUCCGGAAUUAUAUUCCUUCGACACUGGCUAUUUCUAUUGUCACUACGAGAACGUUACAGACUUUGAAAAUGACAAGGAAAACGUAGACUCCACCUAUGUCUAUGUGUAUG